CUGUGAGAUAAUACCCUAUCUUUAACUCGCUGUCACUGAUGCCCUUGACGGGCGUUUUGUACAAAGCCUCGGAUAUAUAUGAACAAGAUGAACAGCGAGAACAGUUUGAGUUAAGAUAACAAAUUGAUAGGAUAUCGUGACGUUUAAUAUGACCGAUUGAUGUAAACCUGGACCAGAAAAUCAUGGCGUCGAUCAGUUUUCUUACCGUAGUUUUAGUGGUCAUUUUCGCGUUUUCGAUGACUAAUGGUCAAAAGCCAUGCUGCUCUCCAGAAAAGUGGACGGCACAUCUACUCCAAAAAACAGGGGCGUACAACUCUGCAACGACCGUGGCAUCCAAAAGAGACGUUAGUAGCUACAUAUUCUAUGAUCACACCGUGAAAAAAAUGGCGAUCAACUCCGACAUCAAGAACACAACCUUCAACUCAACCACGUUCAUACAGCGAAUCUUGGACUUCAGUAAGGGUGUGGAGUGGAGGAUUGAAGGAAAGAACUGUACACGUCACCAGACAACGGCGCCAAUGCCCCAGCCGUGUUUCUUGGAUGGUGCGGAUUUCUUCGGCUACCACAAGAUGGCUGAAAUGCCAGUAGAAGUAUGGUUCAGGGACGAUGGCAAAGGUCACACGUCAAGAACUACCAUGUCACGUGAGCCAUGCGUGCUCGUCACCGAGACGACGAGAUCCAUGGGACCGGGUUAUGAUUACGUGCUGUCGUUUGGGAUCUAUGAGAAUGUCACCACGGGAUAUGUCGAGCCGGGCAAUUUUGAUGUCCCUUCGUUCUGUCCCCGGUCAGGACAGGUAAUUAUGGAGCAUCCCAAACAGACACCAGCUUGGCCUUGGCACCUUCCCUCAACGUAUCUCUAGAGUUCCAUGAAAACAACGUCAUAUACAGCAGUCACGCGGAAAUGACAUCACUUAUAUGAUGAAUCUUAAUUUGUUCAUACUCAAACAUAAUAAAGAAUAAGAAAUA